AUGGUGCCAACAACUAUGCCACACGAUUAUCACUCUUAUCCCAGAUACGACUUUGAAUAUGGUGUGCAGGACUCGAAAACCGGUGAUGUCAAGGAUCAAUGGGAACACAGAGAUGGUGAUCAAGUGAAAGGUAGCUACACCUUAAAGGAAGCUGAUGGCACUACCCGUGUGGUGGACUAUCAUGCCGAUGACCAUCAUGGUUUCAAUGCUGUUGUCACGAAAUUGGGCACUGCCUCUCAUCCAGAAACAUAUCAUCACCAGCAUGGAGAUUGGGAAGGUGGUAAUGGAGGACAUGGUUAUGGUCAUGGCCAUGGCUAUGGUUAUGGACAUGCCAGCAGUUAUGCCAAAGUCAAAUUACAUUAG